AGCGAGAGGGCGCGAGUGAGAGAGAGAGAGACAGAGAGGCGCCGGUGGCGGAGCAUUAACUCCACACGACAGAGAGAGAGAGAGCGAGAGAGCGAGAUGGCGCACGCCUUCACCCUGGCCGAGCUGGCCAACCUGGCCAUCGGCACCCCCGAGGUGGGCGUGUGCAACUUCAACGCCAUGCACGCCCUGCUGCACGGCAUCCUGGAGCAGCUGGAGAUCGGGCACGUCACCAAGAUGGUGGACCAGGAGGAGAAGGAGUUCAUCAAGCCCUCGGGCCCGCUCCCGACCGAGGGGGACGACGAGGAGGAGGAGGAGGAGCAGGCGGCGGCGGGGGGGAAGGCCAAGGCCAAGACCAAGGCCAAGGCCCCCAAGCCGGUGGUCGGGAAGUCGCUGUUCCAUCAGCUGGAAGAGAAGGUGUCGAGGCUGCAAGCGGCCUUCGAGGCCCUGAACCAGCUGCCCACCGCCGCCGACCUGCUGAGCAAGUCUGGCCCGGCCUCGCAGGCCCCCCCGGCCGUCCAGGCCUCCGGCAGCAGCGGGGCGGUGAAGGACAUGUGGCAGCUCAUGCAGCUCCGGAAGAAAACGGAGGCCAACGAGGACGGGAUCAAUAAGGUGAUGGCAACAUUGCAAGAAUUGAUGAAUGAAAUGAACUCCAUGAACGCCACGAACGAAAGGCUGAGGAAAGAGGUUGACAAAGUAAGUAACUCGUGGAUUUUCGCUCAGGACGGUCACUUUAGCAAACAGCACACUGUGAAGUUAUCCUUGUUACGUGAUUUUCAAAUUUAGUGAAAAGCAGCAAUUCGUGGGAGAGUGAUUGCCGAUUAUAGUGAGUUUCCUUCUGGGAAAUCGGUUUGCACUUCCGUUUAAUCCCAAAUCUGCACCACUUUAAUAUCACUGGAGGGGUUCAUUAGGGUUACCGGGGUUUGUUGUCUUGUUCAGAUACUUUUGCAGCGUGAUCGCUCAUCAUUGUUCUGAAUCAUAAUCAUGAUUAAGUGUGCUUUAUCCAUAUGUUUAAUGGAGA